AUGGCUGCUGAAAAUCACUCUACAGUGACAGACUUUAUUCUCAGGGGAUUGACAAAUCGGCCAGAGCUCCAGCUCCCUCUCUUCCUCCUCUUCCUUGGGAUCUACUUGGUCACCGUCAUAGGGAACCUGGGCAUGUUCACACUGAUUUGUCUGAAUGCUCAGCUUCACACCCCCAUGUACUACUUCCUCAGCAAUCUGUCACUUGUGGAUCUCUGCUACUCCUCUGUCAUUACCCCUAAAAUGCUGGUGAACUUUGUGUCAGAGAAGAAUAUCAUCUCCUAUGCGGGGUGCAUGUCACAGCUCUACUUCUUUUUUGUGUUUGUUUUUGCUGAGUGUUACAUGCUGACAGUGAUGGCCUAUGACCGCUAUGUCGCCAUCUUUAUCCCUUUGCUUUACAAUGUUAUCAUGUCUCCUCAAGUGUGCUCCCUGCUGGUGGCUGUGGCCUACUCCAUGGGGUUUAUUGGUGCAACAAUAGAGACUGGCCUCAUGUUAAAACUGUCCUACUGUGAGCGCCUCAUCAGUCAUUACUUCUGUGACAUUGUGCCCCUUAUGAAGCUCUCCUGCUCUAGCACCUAUCAUAUUGAGAUGACAGUCUUCUUUUUAGCGGGAUUCAACAUCGUAGUCACCAGCUUAACAGUCCUUGUUUCCUACGUCUUCAUCCUCUCCAGCAUCCUCCACAUCAGCACCACAGAGGGCAGGUCCAAAGCCUUCAGCACCUGCAGCUCUCACCUUGCAGCUGUGGGAAUGUUCUAUGGAUCUACUGCGUUCAUGUACUUAAAACCCUCCACGGCCAGUUCUGUGGCCAUGGAGAAUGUGGCCUCCGUGUUCUACACCACAGUGAUCCCCAUGCUGAACCCCCUGAUCUACAGCUUGAGGAAUAAGGAGGUAAAGGCUGCUGUGCAGAAAACACUGAGAAAACUCUUCAGGUGCAAAUGUCAUUAUUCUUCCUCAGGUUGAAAAUUGGGAGAAAUGCAGGGUAGAAGCCCUCCAAAAAUGUAAGCACAUGUGAGUGGAGAACAACCACUUCUCAACAUGCCUCAUU